GGAUUUCAAUCCAAUUCAUUACUCCAUUUUUUCUUCUUCUUUAUGCUUUACACGUUUUUCAAUGUCUUCCUUCACUCAACUUAUUAUUUUAUUCAUAAUAAUUUAACCCCAAAUCAAAUCUCACCAUCUUCUUCUUCUUCUUCUUCUUCUUCUUCUUCUUCUUCUUCCGCCAUUUUUACCCUUUUUCCUCUGCCAGCUCUUUUCAGUGCUAAGUCAACCAUAUACGACCAUCCCCCCAUCAUUAUUUCUCUUUCCGCCUAUUGCGGGAUACUUUUUUCUUCCAAUGUGAAUCUUCCCCACUUCUCUUCUUUCAUCAAAUCGCUUCAUGGAUUAAUUCGUUUCUCUUCAUGGAACACAACAAACCCAAAUUCGUCAGGUUUUAUUCCAAUCUGGAGAAAAACGAUGGGAAUAAGAAGAAGGGUAUUGAGUUCCCGUUACCUAUUUUCAAAAUGGGGACGAAAUUAGAGAGUGAAAGUAAAGUUGAUUCUUCGCAAGAACAGAAGAAUAAGAGGAUACUUAACCCUGAAAGUGAAAGGAUUUUGAGAUGGAAUAGGGUUUUUUUGUUCUCUUGUUUGACUGCUCUUUUUGUAGAUCCCUUGUUCUUCUACCUUCCUUCAGUGAUUCAUCAUAACAGGUCAUCUUGUAUGACUACUGAUUUCAAUUUGGGAAUUGUUGUGACUGUUUUUCGUACUUUUGCCGAUGUCUUUUAUCUGUUGCAUAUGAUUUUGAAGUUUCGCAUUGCUUAUGUAUCACCAACUUCAAGAGUUUUUGGCAAAGGUGAACUUGUUACUGAUCCUAAGAAGAUUGCUGAACGCUAUUUGAAGUCUGAUUUCUGUAUAGAUCUCAUUGCUUCUCUGCCUCUUCCUCAGAUUAUGAUAUGGUUUAUCAUGCCAGCAAUUAGAAGCUCUCAUGCAGACCAUACAAAUAAUACUCUUGUAUUAAUCGUCCUGCUUCAGUAUAUUCCAAGAUUUUACCUGAUUUUCCCAUUAAGUUCCCACAUUAUCAAAACUACUGGUGUUGUCACAAAAACUGCUUGGGCUGGAGCUGCAUAUAACCUCAUAUUGUAUAUGCUAGCUAGUCAUAUCUUAGGAGCAGCAUGGUAUUUACUAUCUGUGGAGCGCCAUGCCAUGUGCUGGAAGUUCACCUGCAGGAGGGAAUUCAGUCCUAUGAAAUGCCUUCUUGACUAUCUGGAUUGUGGUACUUUAAAUGAUGUAGACCGCAGGAUAUGGGAAGUGAAUACUACUGUAUUUAGCCAAUGUUCUCCAGAUGAAGACGUCGUUUUCAAUUACGGGAUAUUUGCGGAUGCGAUCACUAAAAAUGUCAUCUCCUCCCGGUUCCUUCAGAAGUACUUCUAUUGUUUAUGGUGGGGCUUACAGAACUUGAGUUCCUAUGGUCAGAGUUUGGAAACAAGCAUCUACAUAGGAGAGACUUUAUUUGCUAUCCUCAUUGCUAUAAUGGGUUUGGUCUUGUUUGCGCAUUUGAUCGGAAAUAUGCAGACCUAUUUGCAAUCCAUCACUGUGAGACUGGAGGAAUGGAGGGUGAAGCGUCGAGACACCGAGGAAUGGAUGAAACAUCGACAACUCCCUCAAGAUUUACAAGAACGUGUGAGGAGAUUUGUUCAAUACAAGUGGCUUGCAACACGAGGAGUGGACGAAGAGUCGAUCUUACAAGGCCUUCCAACAGAUCUCCGUCGAGAUAUUCAGCGUCACUUGUGCCUCGACCUUGUUCGACGUGUUCCUUUCUUUGCACAAAUGGAUGAUCAACUACUUGAUGCAAUUUGCGAGCGACUGGCUUCCUCUCUAUGUACACAACGUACUUACAUUGUUCGUGAAGGAGAUCCUGUUACUGAGAUGCUCUUUAUCAUUCGAGGGAUGCUCGAGAGUUCCACUACGGAUGGUGGACGAUCGGGUUUUUUCAAUUCCAUAACCUUAAGACCUGGUGAUUUUUGCGGUGAAGAGCUUCUCGCUUGGGCAUUGCUACCAAAAUCAUCUAUCAGCUUACCAUCUUCUACUAGAACUGUUCGAGCAAUCACCGAAGUGGAAGCCUUUGCUCUACGUGCAGAGGAUCUCAAAUUCGUUGCUAACCAGUUUCGACGACUUCAUAGCAAGAAGCUUCAGCACACCUUCCGGUUUUACUCUUAUCACUGGAGAACUUGGGCAGCAUGCUUCAUUCAGGCAGCAUGGCGUCGCUUCAAAAGAAGAGUCAUAGCGAAGUCUCUCAGCUUACAGGAGUCUUUCUCGUUGACUCCAGAGAAGCCAGUGGCCGAUGAAGCUGAACAAGGAGAGGAAGGACAUAAUACUCCGCGCUCAAGUUACUCUCAAGCAAAACAAAACCUUGGUGUCACCAUAUUGGCUUCAAGGUUUGCUGCAAACACACGUAGAGGAGCACAAAAGCUCAAGGACGUUAACUUAUCCAAACUUCGAAAGCCUGAUGAGCCUGACUUUUCUGAAGAACCAGAUGAUUAACUUGUUGAAACAAAAAAGAAAAACAAAAAAAAAAAAACCCAUUCAAGAACAGUCUCAUCUUUGACUGUAAUAAGAUAUUCACUUGUAUAUUAUUACCCUUUUUUUUUCACCUUUCAUUCAUUCAUUUCUAACUUUGUAUUUUUAUAUUGGAACUCAACCAAUUCCUAGAGGUCUUUCAGACAAUUUUCACUGUACUAGCUGCACUUCUACUUUAACAGAGCACCAGAAUUCAACAACAUUAAUCAAGAUAUAAGA